AUGCAAGUCACCCUCGCCCUGUCACAUUUGACAGGCCGAGCAAAGACUUGGGCCUUAGGGCUCAAGCUUCACGACCCGAACGUGUUCGAGUCGUUAAAGAUCUUGAAGUCUCGGCUUGAAGAGACGUUUGAACUGCCGGGAGCCGAGUACAGAGCAUGCUCUGCACUCUUGAGGCUAAAGCAAGACACGCUCAUCAACGUGCUCAUCUACGGCCUUGUAGAUGGGCCGGUGAAGACCUACAUGUUCCGAGAGGACUUCCAUACGCUGGAAAGGGCGAUAGCGUAUGCGGAACAAGAAGACUUCAGCCUGAGACAGUCUCAGGCUAACUCGUUAAACUAUCGUCCGACGAGACGACAGGAAACAGGAGGUCCCGAGCCAAUGGACCUCUGA